GGAAGUCGUAAAUCGUAACAGCACAGUUGUUACCUGAAGAAGUUGGGCAAAUAUGGAAACAAGUUAGUAGCAUGGCGAUUUCUUCUGUGUUACGUUCUUCCUUGGAGAAUCGGGUCUCGUUAACUUGAGUAAAAAUGUCUUCAAUUAAUGCCCAGAGCUUUUUGCUGCCUCCCCAUCCUUCUCCAGUUGUAGCUCAAGACAAAUUCUCAGAGACAACAAUCAAAUCUGCAAAUUUCUCUCAAAUCCCUCGAUGGGUCUCUCUCAAAUGCAGUCCUCCUUCGGUGAAAACCCACCAAAUCCAACAAAGCCAAGUUGAAAAUGUACACCUGAUUUCUUUGUCGAAACAAGGGAAGCUUAAACAAGUUCAUGAAUUUCUUAUUCUCAUGGACGAGGCCGGUGUUUCCGUUAGUCCCCACUCGUAUAAAAGCAUAUUUGAAACAUGUGCCAAGUUGGGAUCUUUGUCUGAUGGAAGAUUGAUUCACGACCGGUUGCGAAGAACAGUGAAGGACCCAAUUGGCUUUCUUGAGAAUUGUGUUCUUCGAAUGUAUUGUGAUUGUGGGAGUCUCGUGGAUGCACAGAAUGCGUUUGAUGAAAUGCUUGAUAGAAAUUUGGUCACGUGGGAUAUAAUUGUAUCUGCUUAUGCUGAGCAGGGUGUUCUAGACAAAGCUAUUGGGUUGUUCUCUGUGUCAAGAAUUAAACCAAGCCAUUCUAUAUAUAUUGGCAUGUUAAGGUCCUUGACAGGUUUUUCUCUUUUAGAGCUUGGCAAACAGCUACAUUCUCAUGUGAUAAGAAAUGGGUUGGCUUCGAAUGUUUCGGUUGACACAGCAAUUGCCAACAUGUAUGUUAAGUGUGGGUGGUUAGAGGGUGCUGAGCUUGUUUUUAAUCAGAUGACUGAAAAAAAUGCAGUGGUUUGGACUGGGUUGAUGGUGGGUUAUACUCAAGCUGGGAAGCUAGAAGCUGCUCUUGAAUUGUUUACUAAGAUGGUGAAGGAAGGUGUUCAAAUGGACGAGUUUGUGUUCUCAAUAAUUCUCAAGGUGUGUGGUGGUGUGAAGGACUUGAACAUGGGAAGGCAAAUUCAUGGUUGUAGUGUUAAGCUUGGAUUGGAUUCUGAUGUUUCAGUAGGAACACCUCUUGUGGACUUUUAUGUCAAAUGUGGGAGUUUUGAAUCUGCUCACCUUGCAUUUGAGAGGAUAAGUGAACCGAAUGAUGUUUCAUGGAGUUGUGUUAUUUCUGGUUAUUGCCAAAUUGGUGAAUUUGAAGAGUCUGUUAAGAUUUUUAAAUUACUAAAGAGCAAAGGUGUGGUUUUAAAUUCCUUCAUAUAUACUAGCAUUUUCCAAGCCUGUGCUGCACUUGCAGAUUUAAAUUUGGGUGCUCAAGUUCAUGCUGAUGCAAUAAAAACAGGGUUAGUUGCCUAUCUAUAUGGAGAGAGCGCUAUGAUUUCGAUGUAUUCAAGAUGUGGGAGAUCAGACUAUGCCUAUCAAGUCUUUGAAUCGCUAGAAAAUCCUGAUACUGUGGCCUGGACUGCUAUAAUUUGUGGUUAUGCUUAUCAUGGAAAUGCCAUUGAAGCUUUAAGCCUUUUCAAUAGAAUGCAGGACUGUGGUGUAAGGCCAAACGCAGUUACAUUUAUAGGAGUUUUAACCGCUUGUAGUCAUUCGGGAUUGGUCACAGAGGGCAAGAAAUACUUGGAAUCAAUGAGGGGUGAGUACGGUGUGGAGCCAACUGUCGACCAUUAUGACUGUAUGGUCGAUAUAUACUCUCGUGCUGGGCUACUACAGGAGGCGCUUGAAUUGAUAAAGUAUAUGCCUUUUGAACCCGAUGCAAUGAGUUGGAAAAGCUUAUUGGGUGGGUGUUGGACCCAUCGGAAUCUUGAGCUUGGAAAGAUUGCAGCAGAAAAUCUCCUUCAGCUGGACCCAGAUGAUACUGCCACCUAUAUUGUAAUGUUUAACUUGUAUGCUUCGCAUGGGAAAUGGGAAGAAGCAGCUCAUUUUAGAUGGAUGAUGGCUGAAAGGAACUUGAGAAAGGACAUUAGUUACAGUUGGAUUACUGUCAAGGGUAAAAUCCACCGCUUUGUAGCAGGUGAUAGACACCAUCCACAAACAGAACAGAUAUACUCAAAAUUAGAGGAGUUCACUUCAUCUUCGUAUAAUGCUGAAAAUGCCUUUCUAACUGAAGAGGAUGUUUCGUGUGGAUCGCCUGAACGAAAAGAACAACUGUCUGACCAUAGUGAGAGACUUGCUAUAGCAUUUGGGCUCAUAUCCACAUCAAGAAAUACCCAGAUUAUAGUUUUCAAGAACCUCCGGGCGUGCAAAGACUGCCAUGAUUUUGCAAAGCGAGUGUCCAUGGUAACAGGACGUGAAAUUGUUGUUAGAGAUACCAAUAGAUUCCAUCACUUCAAGUUAGGCAAGUGUUCUUGCAAUGAUUAUUGGUGAUGUGUGUAAAUUGAAUUAGUUACAUUUACUUGACAAAUGUUAGAGAUAUAUAUUAGACA